CAGAGGCGGUGUUGCAGCCGUCAGGCAGCUCUCCUGUCUGCAGGAAUGUGUUGAGGAGGCUGGCUUGUGUGUCUUAAUGCUGCAUCACCUUCCCUCACUACCCACAAUAUGAUGGUUAGGUGACUGGAGGAGAAGCAGCAGAUAGUCGUAGGUGUUGCUGCAUCACUAACUGUGCUAUCAGCCACUCCACUACAACCACAGUAAUUACCAUCACCACUACUACUUUCAUCACUACUCUCAUCAUCGCCAAGAACCUGUGAUCAACCUUCCCAGUAACCUUCUACGAUACUGUAAUAAAGUGAGCUGUAUCAUAACAUGUCAUCUAAAUUGUGCACAUUGACGCACUAGUGUUGAGGAUUACAUCGAAGUUUAGUAUUAAAGUUAUCAAAAUGUUUCCCAACGUUGGUUAUGUGACAGGCCGGUUAAGGGAAGCCAGGAAUGUAACAGGUCGGCUGCGUGAAGUUGGACGAAUUCACGUGAAGAGGGUGGAAGAAGUGUCGGAACCCCUGCGUGAGCCUGGCAUCAUCACUGGCUACAGACACGAGAACUGUUCUGUCAUCCAAGCAGUUGCUUCACUUUUUAAUGCCACCAAUGAGACUGUCAACUUCUGGACGCAUUUUGUUGCCAGUGUAUAUUUUGCCUGGCUCUUGGUCUCUCUGUCAACUAUUAUGCCGCUCUUUGAGGACCCUUAUCUCUUCCCUCUUACCUGCUACAUGAUAGCCGCCUGUUGCUAUCCUCUCAUGAGCUGCCUGGCACAUGCCUUUUCUUGCUUAUCUCUCACAGCUACGCACAUAUGUUUCUUCAUUGAUUACCUAGCUAUAGCCAUGUACAGUUGGGCUGUAGCAUAUCUUUACUAUAGUUACUGCUUUCCGCCAAACCUCAUGAACUCUUGGUUUUCACAGAUCUACCUUCCGGUUGCGGCAGUAAACGCCGUCUUGGCCACUCUAUGUGCAAGUCUAUCUCGUUUUAUUAUCCACCCGGGCUUUCAGAAAACGCUGCGUGUUGCAGCCUUUGUUGAGCCCUUUGUGUGGGACUCGUUUCCACUAGUGGUAUGGCUGUACACAUGUGACACUAGUACUGAGUCGUGUGGAGAGUCUCGCAUCUACCACCUCAAUCAGUUUUUCUGUGUAAUUACUGCAUCGUUUUUCUACGGUUCACAUAUUCCUGAGCGACUUGCACCUGGAUGUUUUGAUUAUGUGGGACACUCACAUAACAUAUUACAUAUUUUCAGUAUAAUGGGAACAAAUGAACAGAUGCGUGCUGUCCUCAUAGAUCUGAAAAAUAGAAGAGAAGGUUUAGAAAAAGAAAAUUGGUUACCCACACCCAUGUGGGCGUUGCAAGCAACACCUUCUCUCUUAAUGUGUAAUAUUUUCCUGGUAUUGCUUCUUACUUACUACCUCUCGAAACAUAUGCGGUCUGUCCAUCAGACUUGUCCCCAGAAUUCUUCCCGGCAGCCACUAGUUACUGCAACGAUAGUACCUAGCAGCCAUACCAAAGACCAGUGACCUUUGGAAACAAGAAAGCUUUCACUUUUGGGACCAUUUCCAUUCCUCUUCCUUCAGUACUGGUCCAGGUGGCCUCUCCAUGGCCCUGUGGUGUAGUUUGUUUCCUUCCACGUGUAGGCAGUACCAACAGUGUAGUUGCCAUCUGGGCUGACUGAAUGCUACAACGGACUUCCCGUGGAAUGUGUAUUUUGGUACAAGUUGAACUGCCUCAAAUAUGAUUAUUGUACUGUGCCUUAGAAUAUUUCAAGUGAAAGUUUUGAUAAAAUUAAAAGACAUUAGAUGAAAUUACAGAAUAUGAGCUGAACACUAGCCAAAUAGCUUAGUUUACCAUAUACAUUCCCGUUAAUUGCAGCCACACCAAACCAGGUGAUAUCAAACACGGGAUCCUUGUGAUUUAUGAAAGUCACAAAUUUUCAUUUUUCUUGUUUAAGGUUAUAUUUUGAUUAAUAUUCAUUAUGUAAUUAGCGUUUUUAUAUAUUCAAAAAUAUAUUACUAACCAGAGCUAUAUUAUAAAUAUUAAAGCUGUCCUCAAGUUGAACAUUAAGUAAGAAGAGAGGGAACGCGACCUAUAUUGUUACUUCUGGGUUAUCAUUCUAGUCGUCAACACAUCCACACUACGUUUCUGGUUGAUGGUUUCAACCUCAGUGAACCUCUUUCCUGAAGAAGUGACCUAGUGGCUAUAAGCUGCUUUUACCGAAUCGCAGGUUGUUCUGGUCACCUUUGUCCAGCGUACACCUGGCCAGCCAUCUAGCUAGCCACCACCAUCCCACCAGUCUGUCCAGCGUACACCUGGCCAGCCAUCUAGCUAGCCACCACCAUCCCACCAGUCUGUCCAGCGUACACCUGGCCAGCCAUCUAGCUAGCCACCACCAUCCCAGCAGUCUGUCCAGCGUACACCUGGCCAGCCAUCUAGCUAGCCACCACCAUCCCAGCAGUGUGUCCAGCGUACACCUGGCCAGCCAUCUAGCUAGCCACUACCAUCCCAGCAGUCUGUCCAGCGUACACCUGGCCAGCCAUCUAGCUAGCCACCACCAUCCCACCAGUCUGUCCAGCGUACACCUGGCCAGCCAUCUAGCUAGCCACCACCAUCCCAGCAGUCUGUCCAGCGUACACCUGGCCAGCCAUCUAGCUAGCCACCACCAUCCCACCAGUCUGUCCAGCGUAUACCUGGCCAGCCAUCUAGCUAGCCACCACCAGUCUAGCCUCGCCAUGUAAUUGAAUAAAUAUUUGAGACUGCUUAACAGAAUGUAUUACACAGAAGAAUCUAUUAAUAUUGAUGUAAAGACCAGUUGUCGUGCGGUGUCGGGUGAUACCUGACUCAGCAGGUGCAACCAGAAUCAGGAGCCACCUGGUCCACCUGCUGACCGUCACCGCCCACUGCCACCCACAGCCAUCAGCCGUCACCGCCCACUGCCACCCACAACCACCAGCCGUCACCGCCCACUGCCACCUACAACCACCAGCCGUCACCGCCCACUGCCACCCGCGACAGCCUGCCCUCACCGCCCACUGCCACCACCCACCACAACUCCCGUCCACAGCCUCUGCUAGGCCGCCAGGCACCUGUUGAAGGGAAGGACAGAGUUUAUUGGAAAAUUGGGCAGAAUUUGAUAAAGACUAGGGAAAAGCUGGGUGGAUAGGUGAGAGUUGGGGCUUGUAGGAUGAGUGUGAAGGAUGCGCAGGUGGAUGUUAAUCCACCUAGAGGCUUCGAGGAUGAGGUUAGACCACGAGCUGCUGAAUACAAUUCCUCCACUCCCCAGAGGAACUGGUCUACUAGCAGAGUCUGGUCCACCCACCACCACCCACCCAUGAAGGUGGAGGGUGGAGGUGGAGGUUGGAGGUGGAGGGUGGAGGUUGAGGGUGGAAGUUGAGGGUGGAGGUGGAGGUUGAGGGUGGAGGUUGGA